AUGUCCGACGGCUUCACAGUCUGGGAAUCGAGCCCACUGGAAGAGUCCACCGAUGACGCUCAGUCGCCCGGGCUGGCCACCCAGAAGUGGCCACGGCUACAGGGGUCUGUCCAGGGAGGCCUGCGGUUCCGAGAUUGCCAUGGCAGGUCUGCCACGACCUUGACGGCGAGUGCUGCCGCUCGCGCCGCUUCCUCCGCCUCUUCCACGCCUCCCCCCCGCCAUGGCCCGCGAUCCGACAUGGCUGCCAGCAUCAUAGGCAGCGAGCCACCAUCCCAGACAUCUACGCCGAAGCCCGUACAACCACGUCCGGGUGCUCGUCGUAACAAUCGGACAUCCCUCUACCACCCGCCCGCUUCUGCGCAAGGCAACGGCGCACCGGAAGUCUACUGGUCCGAGGGUGCGACGCCAUCUGGCUACAGCCGCGGUGAUGAAGGUGAAAGCUACACGUUUUAUCGGGAACCAACACCAGAGCCUCAAGAGAAACGACGAACGGGUGUUGGCAUCGACACGCCCAGCGACGAUGAGGCAGGCUUCGGUCGCUGGGCAGGGAAGGCGAGGUUGAACCGGCGAAUGUGUGGGUUGAGGGCAUGGGUUUUUUGGGGCAUCGUCGCCUUGGCGCUCAUCGUCUUGAUCGGCGUGGGCGUAGGCGUUGGUGUAGGCGUGGGCAUGUCGUCGGGCGGAACCAGUGUUGCUGCUGCGUCCGAGGCUGAACCUUCGAGCUCUUUGUCUGCAUCACCGACGACGUCCGCGUCAACGGAAUUGGGAACAAUGACGAUAGAGAGCUCGCCAUCGGCAAGCACGGCGCCCGCGACGCCGGACUCAACAACAGCGUCAGUAUCGAGUGAUGCGGCGUUUCCUACGGCUACAAGCCCCGGUUCCCUCAUAUGCCCCGAGUCCAAUUAUACCCUCUACGGCGUCCCAGGCUCCAGCAUACGUUUUCUACGGCUUUGUGGCGUCGAUUACCCAUCACAGCAGGGCGCCGUAGAUAUUCGCACUCUGUGGACAGAGAGCAUGGCUGAAUGCAUGCGGAACUGCGCCGGCACCCCAGGAUGCACCGGCAGCGGCUGGGGGCCCGCCGAAGGGGCCUGUUGGUUGAAGAAAGACUUGACAACAGGGGGUCGUAGUGACCAAGCUGACUGGGAGUUUGCACUGCUACAAUAA